GAGAGUUCAAGACCCAGAUAUGAAGGGAAGGAGAGUUCAAGACCCAGACAUGAAGAGAAGGAGAGUUCAAGGCCCAGACAUGAAGGGAAGGAGAGUUCAAGGCCCAGAUAUGAAGGGGAGUUCAAGGCCCAGAUAUGAAGGGAAGGAGAGUUCAAGGCCCAGAUAUGAAGGGAAGGAGAGUUCAAGGCCCAGAUAUGAAGGGAAGGAGAGUUCAAGGCCCAGACAUGAAGGGAAGGAGAGUUCAAGGCCCAGACAUGAAGGGAAGGAGAGUUCAUGUAACCUCCGUAAAGAGGACAGUAAACUCCGUAAAGAGGACAGUAACCUCCGUGAAGAGGACAGUAAACUCCGUAAAGAGGACAGUAACCUCCGUAAAGAGAACUGUAACCUCCGUAAAGAGGACAGUAACCUCCGUAAAGAGGACAGUAACCUCCGUAAAGAGAACUGUAACCUCCGUAAAGAGGACAGUAAUUUCCGUAAAGAGGAAAGGUCUCUGCGUAAAGACGACAGUAAUCUCCGUAAAGAGGACAGUAACCUCCGUAAAGAGGAAAGGUAUCUCCGUAAAGAGGACAGUAACCUCCGUAAAGAGGAAAGGUCUCUCUGUAAAGAGGACAGUAACCAACGUAAAGAGGACAGCAGCCUUCGUAAAGAGGACAGCAACCUCCGUAAAGAGGACAGCAACCUCCGUAAAGAGGACAGCAACCUCCGUAAAGAGGACAGUAACCUCCGUAAAGAGGACAGUAACCUCAGUAAAGAGGACAGUAACCUCAGUAAAGAGGAAAGGUAUCUCCGUAAAGAGGACAGUAACCUCCGUAAAGAGGAAAGGUAUCUCCGUAAAGAGAACAGUAACCUCCGUAAAGAGGACAGUAACCAACGUAAAGAGGACAGUAACCUCCGUAAAGAGAACAGUAGCCUCCGUAAAGAGGACAGUAACCUCGGUAAAGAGGACAGUAAACUCUGUAAAGAGGACAGUAGCCUCCGUAAAGAGGACAGUAAACUCUGUAAAGAGAACAGUAGCCUCCGUAAAGAGAACAGUAACCUCUGUAAAGAGGAUAGUAGCCUCUGUAAAGAGGACAGUAGCCUCCGUAAAGAGGACAGUAGCCUCCGUAAAGAGAACAGUAACCUCUGUAAAGAGGAUAGUAGCCUCUGUAAAGAGGACAGUAACCUCUGUAAAGAGGAUAGUAGCCUCUGUAAAGAGGACAGUAGCCUCCGUAAAGAGGACAGUAGCCUCCGUAAAGAGGACAGUAAACUCUGUAAAGAGAACAGUAGCCUCCGUAAAGAGAACAGUAACCUCUGUAAAGAGGAUAGUAGCCUCUGUAAAGAGGACAGUAGCCUCCGUAAAGAGGACAGUAGCCUCCGUAAAGAGAACAGUAACCUCUGUAAAGAGAACAGUAGCCUCCGUAAAGAGAACAGUAGCCUCCGUAAAGAGGACAGUAACCUCUGUAAAGAGGACAGUAGCCUCCGUAAAGAGGACAGUAAACUCUGUAAAGAGGAUAGUAGCCUCUGUAAAGAGGACAGUAGCCUCCGUAAAGAGGACAGUAAACUCUGUAUAGUGGACAGCUACAACAAAACAUAA